AUGCGACUCUGGCCAGCCAUCCCACUCGCUCUCCUCGCUCUUCUCCCUCUCGCUUCCCCGUCCCAGCUUCCGCUCCCUGUCCCCUCCGCUCAGUCGACCACUCUCCUUGACGCCCUCUCCGCAGACCCGGACUACGUAUCCCUCAUCAAGCUCCUCCAGCGCGCAAAGCUUGUCCCCACCCUCAACAGACUCAACGGGAGUACCCUCUUUGCUCCCACCAACGACGCUAUUGCCGCCAACUCCCUCUGGCAGACUGCCCUAGACGACCCCCUCAGGGACAACCUUCAGGAGAACCUCCGCCAGCAGCUCUUCUACCACCUCCUAAAUUACACUCUUACUAUUCUGCCUACUGAGAAGCUCCCCCAGGAGCACAAGACCCUCUUAUAUCCCCACUCACCUAAGGAGCCUCCAUCCAGCGAGCCUCCGCCCAACCCGCCAUGGAUGCCGAUACCCAACGGCACUCUCGGCGACCAGCCCCAGCGUUUGCGCGCCUCACAUAGAGACGAGAGCAUGUGGGUCGGCGUCGAUUUCUCCGGCGACGGCGGCGCCCGGGUCGUCAAAGACAGAGUUGACACCGCUAACGGUGUUCUUCUUGGCAUCGACACCGUACUCGAGAUGCCUCCAGACCUAGCAACUUCCGUCUCGCGUCACUCGUCAUUUCCGUACUUCGUCACACCGGAGAUUGCCACCUUCCUCAACUCCACGCCGGAGCUGACCGUGUUCCUCCCCAUCGACGCCGCGUGGGAGGCCCUUCCCUACUACGAACAGCUCUAUCUGCAGAGCCCAUUUGCCGCAGAUGACUUGCGCCGUAUCGCACAUAUGCACGCCGUCCAGGGUGUUGUGUACGCCGAGUCCUUCUCUGACGGGAAGAAACUGACCACUAUAGACGGUCGGAAGCUACUAAUUGAUUCGAAACACGUCUCCUCGGCGGAUCUAGUCGAGCGCGACAUAUACGCAGCAAAUGGCGUCGUUCAUUCCGUCUCAGAGCUGCUGGUUCCUCCAGGAGCUCUCAGGUUGACUACGGAGAAGUAUCUACUCACGCUCAACUGUUCCGCCUUUGUCUCCUUGCUGCAUUCCGUCAAUCUCACCUCGCUCGUGAACGGGACGGACGCCCACUACACCCUCCUCGCACCCCGGGACGACGUGAUCAGCCUAUUCGGAGACGGUGAGCUCCCUCAGCGCGGGAGCGAGGAGCUGAAGCGGAUGUUGCAAUACCACUUUAUCUCUGGCAAGUGGACUCCAGAGAAGCUCAAGGAUGGAAUGCUCCUUGAGACUGCGCUCGAGGAGCCUGGUCUGGGUGGUGGCAGGCAGGUCCUGAGCAUUGAGGUGAGCGGCGAGGUCAAAGGCGACAAGAACGACAAGUCGCGAACGGUGAGGUUUGGUGGCGCCGGUGUUAUUGGCGAUCACGUGAAAAUCAAUAACACGGUGAUCUACUUCGUCUCACGUCCACUGGUUCCUCCAUCCGACGCGUUGUCGAUUGCGCUACCCGAACUCGAAUGGUCUUCCAUCCUCGCCGCGAUCUUCUCCACCAACUUGGCCGAUACGCUGAAGACGACGCCGCGCACGACGCUCCUACUGCCGCCCAACGACGCGUUCAAGCGCCUGGGCAUGCUCGUCUCCGCGCACUUGCUCGCCGCGUCGUCUAAGCUCGAUUUGGAGCGCGUUAUCAGGCAUCACGCGCUCGCAGGGGUCGAGUACGCGCAGUCGAUGCAGAACGGGUCGCAGCAUACGUUCGCGACGCUCGAGGGCUCGGACAUGCACGUCGACCGGCGCGCGCCCAAUGGUAGCGUGAUCCUCAGCGCGAGCGGCGGUUGGGCGUCGAUGCAGUCCGCGCUCAUUCCGAGGGAUAUGCUCACUCAGACCGGCGUCAUUCAUGAGGUCUCGGACAUCAUGAUUCCGCGCUCGGUCGAGCUCACGAUUGGGAAGCUCGUCAAGGCUGCUAAGGCGACGACCAUGACAACGAUGAUGGUCAAAGCCGGGCUAGACUGGAUAUUGAACGGCACUACGCCACCCGAGGGUACGCCUUGGGCGGAUAUGGGAUUGUCGGGCGCGGGAUGGACGCUCCUCUGCCCGACUGACGAUGCCUUCAAGGAGGUGAACCUCACACAACUGUACGCGGACGAUGAGCAAUUGGUCGCUAUCGUGAGCCAGCACCUUAUCCCGUCGCAGCGCCCCACGCACGCGGAGAACGUGCUGAACAACAAUCGGCCGCUCGCGCUGGACGACUCGGCGGUGUACACGACGCUCUUCGCGCAGCGGUCGGCGCGGCAGGAUGGGGACGUGCUUUUCCGCGCAGUGGACGAGGACGAGGGGACGGGCACGGUGGUGGGCGUCAAGGAUGCGCGCGGCGCGCACGGCCAGGGGGACUGGGCACGCGUGCUCUCGUGGGGGCGGUCGACGACGGGCGGGGGUACGGGGGGCGUUAUCCAGAUUGACCGGAUGCUGGCUCCGUACUAUCCUCCGUGGUAUCUCGAGUACUGCGCGCCGCUCGCGGUCGGCGUGGUUGGGGUGCUUGGGAUCUGCGCCUUCUUCGCCGGUGUGCGCGCUCUAUGGCGGCGAGACACUACAGAGGCGACGUACGAACCGAUAGGUGGGUUCGUGCGGGACUCGGACGAUUAG